GGCAGCCCCAUGUUGCUGUGCAAGGUGUGUGCAGACACCAGCAGUGGAAAGCACUAUGGUAUCUAUGCUUGCAAUGGCUGCAGUGGGUUUUUCAAGCGUAGUGUCCGCAGGAAACUCAUCUACAGGUGCCAAGCUGGCACAGGUAUGUGUCCGGUGGACAAAGCUCACAGGAACCAGUGCCAAGCCUGCCGGCUGAAGAAAUGCCUGCAGGCUGGAAUGAACAAGGAUGCUGUGCAGAAUGAACGCCAGCCCCGCAGCACAGCCCAGGUGCGACUCGAUGCUGUUGACCUCGAUCCCGACAGGCAAGCUGAACACCUGACCACAACGCGGGAUGUCCUGCUGCCACCGCAGCCACCGCCCUGCCCCUCCUUGCCGAGCCACAGGGGCCCCACCACCUGCUCUGCAACGGGGGCUCCGAGGGGCCGAGCCACAACUCCCCCCAGCAACCACCGCUUCAUGGCCAGCCUGAUGACAGCCGAGACUUGUGCCAAGUUGGAGCCAGAGGAUGCCGAGGAGAACAUUGAUGUCACAAGUAACGAGCCAGAGCGCCCAGCGGGAGAGGCACACGUGUCCCCAUAUCCCCCCACCAGCUCCGAGAGUGUCUAUGAAACCUCCGCCCGGCUGCUCUUUAUGGCUGUAAAAUGGGCAAAAAACUUGCCGGUCUUCUCAAACCUGCCCUUCCGAGACCAGGUGAUCUUACUGGAGGAAGCCUGGAGUGAGCUGUUCUUGCUGUGUGCCAUCCAGUGGUCUUUGCCACUGGAAAGCUGCCCCCUCCUCUCUGUGUCAGAGCUGACCCCCACCCUCAAUGGAAAGGUCAUGUCUUCAGGAAUGGACAUUCGUGUCCUGCAGGAAAUAAUUGCACGUUUCAAAGCUCUUGGUGUGGAUCCCACUGAAUUUGCCUGUAUGAAGGCAAUUGUACUGUUCAAACCAGAAACACGAGGUCUGAAGGAUCCAGACCAGGUUGAGAAUUUGCAGGAUCAGUCUCAAGUGAUGCUGGGACAACAUAACCAGUUACAUUACCCCAGCCAGCCAGUCAGGUUUGGAAAGCUGCUUCUGCUUCUGCCUUCGUUGAAAGUUAUUUCUUCAGACCGCAUUGAGCUUCUUUUUUUCCGUAGGACCAUUGGGAACACUCCCAUGGAGAAGCUGCUCUGUGACAUGUUCAAGAAUUGA